UGGGGUAUUAGAGUUAGCUUAAAAGCAGCUCGCUCCUCGAGUCAGAGCGAAAGUUGUCUCCGCUUGGAAAAGUGGUGAGACGGGACCCUGCUGUUCGCACCGCCGUUGCUUCGCGCGCUUUCUCCCGCAGAGAUGAGGCGGAAGGAGAAGAGGCUGCUGCAGUUCGCCGGGCUGCUCAUAGCGGCUCUGUUAUUCCUCCCUAACGUCGGGUUGUGGUCUUUGUACAGGGACCGAGUGUUUGACAACUCUCUCUACACAGUGGAUGCACCGAUACAGUGGUUGAACCAGCUGCGUAAGGUCACUCAGGUGGGACUUGACGGUGUGCGGCGGAUCGACUGGCACGACUACGAGGCAAUAAGGAGAGAUGCUGCACGGAUGGGUAAUGGUGAGCAGGGGAAGCCGUUCCCUCUGACAGAAAAUGACAGAGUCGACCAAGCCUACAGGGAAAACGGCUUCAACAUUUAUGUCAGCGACCGAAUCUCUCUCAACCGCUCUCUCCCUGACAUCCGCCAUGAAAACUGCAGACAGAAGCUGUAUGCAGAAAAGCUUCCCAACACCAGUAUCAUCAUCCCUUUCCACAAUGAGGGCUGGUCAUCUCUGCUAAGGACUGUUCACAGUGUGCUCAACCGCUCUCCCCCGCAGCUCAUCACAGAGGUCAUACUGGUGGAUGACUUCAGUGACAAAGAGCACCUAAAGGUGGCACUGGAGGAGUACAUGAAACGGAUGCCUAAGGUUCGAAUCUUGAGGACGAAGAAGAGAGAGGGGCUGAUCAGAACUCGUCUUCUUGGAGCCGCUGCUGCCAAGGCAGAAGUCAUCACCUUCCUGGACUCACACUGCGAAGCUAAUGUCAACUGGCUGCCUCCACUGCUGGAUCGAAUUGCCCAGAACAGAAGGGCUAUUGUAUGUCCAAUGAUCGACGUCAUCGACCAUGACAACUUUGGCUAUGACACGCAGGCAGGGGACGCCAUGCGAGGGGCGUUUGACUGGGAAAUGUACUACAAACGGAUUCCAAUCCCUCCAGAGUUGCAGAGGGAUGACCCCAGUGAACCCUUUGAGUCACCAGUGAUGGCAGGUGGACUGUUUGCUGUGGAUAGAAAAUGGUUCUGGGAGCUGGGAGGAUACGACACUGGUCUGGAGAUCUGGGGAGGAGAGCAGUAUGAGAUCUCCUUUAAGCUGUGGAUGUGUGGUGGUCGGAUGGAGGACAUCCCUUGCUCCAGGGUAGGACACAUCUAUAGGAAGUAUGUCCCCUACAAAGUGCCUGGUGGGAUCAGCUUGGCAAAGAAUCUAAAACGUGUAGCAGAAGUUUGGAUGGACGAAUACGCAGAGUAUGUGUACCAGCGUCGACCUGAGUACCGGCACCUGUCUGCAGGUGACAUGACAGCGCAGAAAGAGCUGAGGACCCGAUUAAACUGUAAAAGCUUUAAGUGGUUUAUGAAUGAAGUGGCCUGGGAUCUUCCCAAACACUAUCCACCAGUAGAACCUCCUGCUGCUGCUUGGGGAGAGAUACAGAAUGUGGGCAGUGGAAUGUGUAUGGAGGUCAAACACUUUGUGUCAGGGAGCCCCAUCCGCUUGGAGAACUGUGUGAAAGGCCGUGGUGAGGUGGGGUGGAGUCACGGACAGGUGUUAACAUUUGGCUGGAGGGAGGAUAUCCGGGUGGGUGACCCCAUACAUACAAGGAAACUGUGCUUUGAUGCCAUCUCCCACAGCAGCCCAGUCACCCUGUAUGACUGUCACGGCAUGAAGGGAAACCAGCUUUGGCGGUACAGAAAGGAUAAGAGUCUGUAUCAUCCCGUCAGUAACAGCUGUAUUGAUAGCAGUCCGAGUGAGCGGCGAGUCUUCAUGAACACGUGUGACCCUGCCUCUCUCAGCCAGCUGUGGUUGUUUGAAAGAACCAACACCACUGUGCUGGAGCACUUCAACCAGGGCACCAACUGAGCUUACUGAACAGUGAGAUGACACGUCUUCCAAAAAGAAUGAUCAUGACUCAAAGGUCAUCUUUGUUCAAUGUUGUCAAGGUAUGAAUGAAAGCUACAAGUGAAUAAGACACAGCUUUCCAGACAUACCCUGUGGUACAGUGAUCUAGUGCAGUCCCUGAGAGCUGAAGAGCUGGUGGGACCACAAGCAGUGACAUCCAGAAUCCAAUCAUGAAGCGCAAGCUUGUCGUGGGAAAGGAGAUAAAAGAAGGAAAUGCUUGCCUGAGCACCAGCACCCGAAACGCUCAGAUGGGAGAACGAUGGUGAGACCUGACUGCCUUGUGGAAACCCUGAAAAUGUGGAGCUUUUAAAGAUGGAAGACUUGGACCUCAAAAAUGUAUAAGAGGAAAAAACUUCAUUUGACUGCGGUAAAAAUACUGAUACUGAUGCCGAUUAUGCUGGAUUUAAUGGAUGAGCUAUCCAGUUUUUAUUUCAUUUAUUUAUAUAUUUUUGUCAAUGCUAUCUUUUUACUCACGGCACCAAGUUCUUUAAAGGCACAACUUGAGAAAAUGAGGAGGGACAAAAUCCUGCACAGUGUGUAGAUUUACUAAAAAUAUACU